AUGAACGAAAAUCUAUUUGCCUCUUUCAUUACCCCAACAGUAAUAGGUCUACCAAUUGUCGUAACCAUCAUCAUAUUUCCAUCAAUUUUGUUCCCAUCAUCAGAACGCCUUAUUAGCAACCGCCUCCACACAUUUCAACACUGACUAAUUAAGCUUAUUCUCAAACAAAUAAUGUUAAUUCAUACACCAAAAGGACGAACCUGAGCACUAAUAAUCGUAUCACUAAUUAUAUUUAUUGGCUCAACUAACCUUUUAGGCUUGCUUCCCCACACAUUUACUCCCACUACUCAACUAUCUAUAAAUCUAAGCAUAGCUAUUCCUCUAUGAGCAGGAGCCGUAAUCUUAGGUUUCCGGCAUAAGUUAAAAAGUUCUUUAGCCCACUUCUUACCUCAAGGAACGCCCAUUUCACUCAUUCCCAUACUAAUUAUUAUCGAAACUAUCAGCCUUUUCAUCCAACCAAUAGCACUAGCAGUACGACUAACAGCAAAUAUCACAGCAGGCCACCUAUUAAUGCACCUAAUCGGAGGAGCCGCCCUAGUUCUCAUAAACAUUAGCCCACCAACCGCUACAAUCACAUUUAUUAUCCUUCUCCUACUUACAAUACUUGAAUUCGCUGUAGCUUUAAUUCAAGCUUACGUAUUCACUCUUCUAGUAAGCCUAUAUCUACAUGAUAAUACAUAA